UGGUGAGGACGAGGAGUGGACACCUGCUGAGCGAGGGACAUCAAGAUAUGAAGAUGACACAUCUUCUGAAAGUGAGGUAGAAGAGGAGAAGGAGGAUGAGCAACAAGUUAGCUCGUCAUCUGGUCAUACCAGACAAAUGUAUUUCAAAGUGGACCCUCAUUUUAAAGGACAGCUUGGACAACAUCCACAAGUUCCUGAGGAUGCAGUCACUACAGCUCAGCUUAGGCCAAUUGAUUAUUUUGAAGCCUACAUAAAUGAAGAUUUUUUGAUAAAAAUAACUAAUGCUACAAAUCAACGUUAUGUUGCUGAAAAUGGUAUAUCUCUAGGUGUGACCAAAAAGGAAAUGUCAGUUUUUAUAGGGAUAAAUUUUGUGAUGUCUGUAAUAGGGAUGCCUAGAAUUAGAAUGUAUUGGGAGAGGUAUACUAGAAUAGAUUUAAUUUGUAGAAAUAUGACCAGAGAUAGGUACUUCAAAAUUAGAAGCAAUCUGAAAGUUGUUGAUGACAAUAUGAUUACUGUAGCUUCAAGAAAGUGUGAUAGAUUAUGGAAGAUAAGGCCAAUUUUGGACAGUGUUCGCUCAAGAUGUUUAGAGUUACCUAGACCAGGUAAAGUAAGCGUAGAUGAGUCCAUGAUACCUUUUCGGGGUAAGUGUAGUCUGAGACAGCAUGUGCCAGGUAAGCCUAAUCCAGAUGGUUUGAAAUGCUUUGUUUUAGCUACUCCUAAUGGCACUGUUUUAGAUUUUGAGAUAUUUACAGGUAAAGAACCUCUCACUGAAAUCGUUAGGGAACAUGGUGUGUUGCCAGACAGGAACGUUGGUAUUGGAGAAGCUGCUGUUCUGAGGUUUGUCAGAAGCGUUGAUCCUGGAACUAUCAUGUACUUUGAUAGAUAUUUCACAUCUCCAGCCUUACUUUUAGAGCUGAUCAAGCAUAACUUACAUGGUACAGGUACUAUAAAAAAGAACAUGCUUCCUAAGGGUGCCAAACUCAAGUCUGAGAAAGAGAUGGCAAAACUAGGUAGAGGAGCUACCUACAACCAAGUGAGAUCUGAUGGUGCCUAUGCCAUAACACAGUGGCAUGAUAAGAAAGUAGUUCUCAUGGCUUCUACUAUCCAUUCAACUGAACCUCAAGAUGAAUGCAAGAGGUGGUCUAAAAAGGAAAAUAAGCACAUAAAGGUGAACAGACCUGCAGCAGUUAGGGAGUAUAAUGUUGCUAUGGGAGGAGUUGAUGUUCAUGAUCAGAUAUUAUCUUACUAUAGGAGUUCUUCUAAGACAAAUAAGUGGACAGUCCGCUGCAUUCUACACUUUCUUGAUGUAGCAACAAGUAAUGCCUGGAUGGAAUACAAAGUCAGCUGUGGUGAACUUAAGAAGUAUCUAGAUUUUAAAAUGUCACUAGCUAUUCAGUUAAUUGAUGGUGCCCUUUGGUCAAAUGCAGGUCAACAGCAGGGCCCAAGUGAUAAUCAUGAUGAAGAGGAUGAACCAAAUUGUUCAGCUGAGAUGCCAGUGGAAAAACGCCAGAGGUCACAGCCACUCCCCAGCAAAGAUUUCAGAACCAAUGAAGCCAAGCACAUGCCACUUGCACUUCCACCCAACUCAGAGUUCAAAAGGUGCAGAAAUCCUGGGUGUAUGGAAAAAUGUAGAAUUAUGUGUUCCUCCUGUGAAGUAUUUUUGUGCUUAACUUCAGGAAGAAAUUGUUUCAUUGCCUUUCACUCCCCUUAGUAGUCAGGUUUAUA